CUCCAAGAAAAUCAUCCAGACAAAGCCGUUUCUUAGGAGUGGAGACCUUGCCGGAGAUGGUCUGGGAGGGCUGGGAGCUGGGAAAAGAAUAUACCAAGUCACUUAUUCUGAAAAAUGUGAAUGAAAAACUACAGAAACUCAGAUUCCGACCUCCAGAGUCCAAAGUCUUUACCACAUUAUUUCCUCAGACCAUCACUCUUAGUCCUGGGAUGUCUUUUUCUCUGCCAAUCACUUUUCAUUCUCUUCAUGAGUGUGAGCAUUCGGACAGUAUUGAAUUCCAGUGUAAGGAAGGGACAUUUAAAGUAAACCUGCGUGCACUGAUGCUACAUCAUUCAUUGGAGCUUCCUGAUUCAGUGCAGCUUCCGUUGUGUGCCGUCCAUCACAGCACAAACACCAGCUUUCUGUUCUGCAAUGCCAGUAAGCUGCAGACCUGUUUCCAGUGGGUGGUGGAGCCACCAUUCCAUCUCUCCCCAGCGAGUGGGGUUUUGGAGCCAGGACAAGAGCGCAGAGUCUCUGUAACUUUCAAACCACAGCAAGCACUGGUAUACCAAAGAGAGGCCACCUGCACAUUCGGGAAGGAAGGAGAAAACACAUGCACAAUGUUAUUGAAAGGACUGGCCAAGUACCCAUACCUACAGAUCAAGUCCCUUGGCCAGGAAGAAGAUGGUAGACUACUCCAAUUUGGCAGUGUAGCAAUUGGAAGCUGUUUAGAAAAACAUUUUGAGAUCUACAACCCUUCUUCAGUGUUGACUUCCUUCUCUCUGACUCAUGUGAAACGGCCGGCUCUUAUGGAGUCUGUGUUCCAGUGUGAUGUGCAGAAAGGGCAAGUGUCUCCGUGCUCAGUACUGAAAGUGUCCGUUCGUUUUACUCCGCUUACUGUGGACAGCACCAGCGUAGACUACUUCCGCCUCAGCUGCCCUGGGGGAACCAGCACAGAUGUGCUUAAAGUUACCGGCUCAUGUAUAGGUCCAGUAGUUACUUUAAGCUCCUCUGUGGUGGAUUUUGGCUGUGUGGAAGAGGGAGAAGAAGCCAUGCGUAUUAUUCAUAUCAUAAACUCUUCUACUGUCCAGGCUUAUUACCAAUUUGACUUGGACCCUAGCAAUCAUAGUGUGUUCACACUUGACCAACCUUUUGGGACUCUGCCAGCCAAGGGAAGCAUCCUUCUGCGUUUAAGUUUCCGCCCCCAUCACCCUAUCGCCUAUCACAAGAGAGCAGCGUGCCUUAUACUGCACAGGGAGCCACUUUUGUUGGACUUGAUUGGCACCUGUCACUCAGAACAGCUUAAGCCAGCCAUCUUACAACCCAGACAUCUGCAUGUGUACAGAAAAAACCUGCUUCGUGGUUUAACCUGUUACCCUCCCGAUAUACUCAGUGCAAUGCUGGCUGAGCAUAAACUGCAACAGGAUGAAAGUGGGGCAUUAUUAUUUCAAAAGGACUCAUCAGAGGACACCGCUUUGUCCAGGCCUCCUUUAUCCCUGGGGACCAUGAUGGAAGAAUAUUUCUACAUGAACGUGACAGAUAAAACAAGAGAACAUCCUGAUGUGAAUGGAAAUCCUGAACGUUUCCCCCUGCCCCAUGUCACAGUUGAGCCAUCUGAACUGCUUUUUUACUCAGGGCCCUCAUGUCAAUCCAUCACCAUCACCAACCACACCAAAGGCGAACUCAGCCUGCUGUGGACCCCUGUUCCUGACUCACCCUUUUCCAUCACCCCUCUCACAUGUGACCUACGUCCUCUAAAGUCCACUGUCUUCAUAGUGACAUACGCACCCAAAAAGCACAAUGUCUUCCAUGCAGCACAGCUUGAGUGUUUCACUCUCUACAAGGAUUAUCAGCAGACAGAAGACAGAACUCUAUGCCCUCCCUGGUGUCUCACAGUUAGGGUUACUGCUCACUCAUUUCAGCCUGGAAAUGAACACUUCAUCCCUUGCUUCUCUCUGCAGCCAUCUCAUGUGAUGUUUCCAGCUUUGAAUCUGGUCUCCUACAGGAGUGUUCUACUGCAGAACACAGGAGACCUUCCUCUUAUCUUUAACUUGACUACAAAGGACUUUCCUGGUGUAUCUGUAUUGCCCCCUAGUGGCUCGGUACCACCAGGCAGCCACCAGAUCCUCAUUCUCCGAUCUACUCCUGCUGAAGACAACCCUAGCUCUGUACCUCUGAGCCUGCAGUUAAAUGCCAGUCCCAAACACUCACAGGAGCUAAGCAUGGUGAGUGUGGCAGAGAGGCCACGCAUCACUUUGGAUGGUGAUGGAAGCUUGUUUUUCAGGCCCACAGCACUAGGCUCCUGCUCCAAGGCAUCUCUGAGCAUCAAGAACUUUAGCAGAGUAACAUUACACUUUCACUGGAGGGUCUGUGAAUCAGAUCGCAGAGUUCUCUCUGUACAACCACACGCAGGUGUGCUGCAGCCCAAUGAAUCCCAGGUCCAGACAUGGUCCUUCACUCCAGUGGAGGAGAUAACGUACAAUAUGAAGCCUAGUCUAAUUUUCUGGCCCAUUCAGAACCCAGAGUAUAAAAGGUCCAGGCUCUCUCUUAAAGUUGUGGGAUUGUCUGCCAAAGGUUCCAUACAGGCUGGACACUCAUUUCUGGAUCUGGGUGAAGUAUUGGUUGGCAGUUGUAAGUCAUUUGAGGUUCCUCUCCUGAACACUAGUCCAUGUGCUGUUAGCUUUUCUCUGUCUGUGCAGCAAAACAUCAGUGCUCCAGGCAUUCCUGAGGGCUCACUCGAAGACCCGCUCGCUCUGCACUUGGAAAGUGUGACAGGAACAAUUCCAGCUCAGUGUCAGCUGCUAAUUCGCUCCACAGUGAGACCGACACGCAGAGUCCGAUAUCGCUGGACCAUCUGUUAUAAAAUCCUUAAUGCUUCUGGAUUGGUGGCGGGGGAUUCUUGCUCUCUGUGUCAGGUUGAAGCAGAAGGUGUUUAUCCCACUCUGGAGGUGACAGAUGCCCGUAGCAGUGGCAGCGUGGAGGGUUUAAGUAAGCUGUAUCUCUGGAAGCUCUUCUGUCUUCACGAUCUUAAUACUUACUUGCUCAGUGAGCCAGGUCCAGCUGAGCUUAUCUACAGAGUGCCCACUAGACACAGUUUCCGUCGCUGUCCACCUGUCUUAACUUCAGCCAUGUUGGAUUUUAACUUCAGCGCUGCUCCUCUGGGUGCCGACCCCUCCAACGUCCUGCUCAUGUUUGAGAAUACUGGGAAUAUCCUUGUAGAGUGGACAUUUCUGUUCCCGGAGGAUCAGCAGAUUGAGCUGGAGUGCUGGGCUGAGAGUGCAGAGUUAAGCCCCACUGAGCUUCUUCAGAUGAAGGUGCAGGACAACAGGAUGUUCUCAGUGUCUCCGCGCUCUGGCGAACUGCAACCUGGCCAGCGGAGAGCAGUGCAGUUCACAUAUAGACAUGACUUCACUGGGACAUAUCGGCUUCCUGUCCUACUGAAGCUCUCUCAUGGCAGAGAGAUUCUGCUGAAUUUUAUUGGUGUAACUGUGGAAAAGGACAGGCCAUACCUUCACUUUCCCUCUACUCGACAUGUCUUUACUCCUGUGGCUAUCGGAGGAUUUAAUCCCCCAAAACAGGAACUACAGGAGGAGAACUUUAAUCAUCCUGUCCUGCAGUGUCUGAACCCAGAUGGAAAUGUGCAGCCUGGAUGCACAGCCACACUGGAGUGGAUAUUCUCUCCUCUGGAGGCUAAAACAUACAGUGUGGACAUCCUUAUUUACGUGCUGGCAGGAGAUACUGUGCUGGUGACAUUUGAAGGCUGUGGCUUUGACAAGAGAGACUCUGUUCCCCUUCAUGUUCAUGAUGGACGUCUUACUGUACCUUGCACUCAGAAAUUGCCUUUACCCGGACAGAUGGUGUUCCUUUCAGAGGAGAGAGUGUCUUUUGGUGACAUUCCAGUCAGCACUCGGAGCACACGUAUCCUGUUUCUGACCAAUAGCUCUCACACUGACCGAGUUCUCUAUUCAUGGAAACUGAGAGAGCAAGAUGUCAAACAGGCAGUGCAAAUUCAUCCAGUAAGUGGAUCUCUCUGUGCAGAGGAGAGUGUUUGCUGCAUCCUCAGUAUUUCCACCUUAAGCAGCCCCACAUUCUACCAGCAAGAUCUCAUCUGUGAAAUCACAAAAGAGGCAGAUUUCGCUUGUUACCAGAGAGACCUACAGCAAUGGGAGGUGGACAAAGAGAGAAAAAAACAUGAGUUCACCAUAACGGAGAAAGACCUGAUACAGACAAAACCUCAGGAUAAAACAACUCAGGGAGGAAAAGCAGCCCAACAGAAAAACUCCACUAAAACUCGGAAAUUCAAGGCGCUGCCACCCAUCCGCAGUAACAGCGAUACAGUCAAGGCAGAAAAGAAAGCUCAGGAGGAAAUAGGGCUGAGACGACCAGAGCCACCUCGCCCAACACUGCUUCACCUGGGAGUCACUGCACGCUCACACUCCCUGCUAGAGUACCAGGCACAAUUCUCAUCUCAGUUCAGCAAGCAUCACAUCUACAGAUCUGUGUCGUCAAUAAUUCCUGAGUCUGGAUCAGCUGAGAGUAAUCUCUUUACAUCAACCAUGCCUCCUCUCACCCAUGGCCCAGAGAGAGACCUUCUCAUACACACCCUCACAUCUGUGCUCAGAAGUCUCUUGGAUGAUCCUGCGUUCCACCAGGAAUUGCAGAACACCUUGAAUGAUCCAGUGCCCUAUUUCACCCAACUUCGACCUGCUUCUCCAAGUCUGCCCACGACUUCCACUGAGACACCACACGCAAAUUACUCAGUCUGUUUAACUGACUCUAGACCAGACACUGUGGCACAUUCUCACACACAGUCUGAGGGUGAGUGUGAGCCGCAGUCAUGUCAGGAGCUGAACCCUAUGCAGGUGCAGAAAUCCAUUCGUAGGAGUCCAGAGUUUGGUGAUCUGAUGGAGGAGAUUCUGCUCAACACUCUGCAAAACCUAAUGACAGAGGCUUUCCUGGGGGAGCUGGUUCUGACGGCCCGACCACGCAGCAUCGCCUUGCCGCCAUGCUCAGCCAGGAGAAACUCCGGGAGACAAUCCAGUGGGCAUCUGGUGUGUGAGAGUGGAACGGAUCGACAGCACACCCUGGGGAACAAUCCAUAGAUGCCUUGCAUUGCUCUGCUCUCAAACCUGGAGUCUCAGCACCACUGAUUUUCUCCAUAUAGGAAUCAUUUUGAACUACUCAGCAUCAAUGUAUUCUCAAAA